UUGUCGCGCCAAGGCGUUAGAUAUCCUCAUGAAGGAUCUCAAAGUUAUCGCCGAAGGUAAUGAGGAGCUAUUCAAAGAAAUGCAUCACAUGUGUAUGGGUUCAAUCCAACAGGGAUCAUAAGGCACUCUCUAUGUGUGGAGAUAUAAUGUCUAUGAGGAAGACUAUGAUGAAAGAACUCAGGCAAAUGAUUGAGGCAAAACCAGUUUUCCGAGGCAAACUGAAGUAUCCAAGCAUUAACCAAAGCUUGAAUUGGCAGCAUAAACAGUGUAAAGACCCUCCUCCAAAUCCAGUCAUUAAGACUCUUUUCGUUGAUCAUGUUUGUGAACCACAGGAAAAUGUUCCUUUGCCUCUACCAUUUGAAAACAAUUUGGAAGACUGUUUGUCUUUGUCUCUAUGGACUGGGAACAUUUUGCAAGUAAGAUAUUUUCUGCCUUCACAAGCAACAUCAAAUCCACUUCCAACUUCUUCUGCUGAGCUGAGCCAAAAAUUUAUCUGUAACACAAGAUGAGCUCUCUCUGGGAGAAGUAUCUCUCAAUGAUGCAAAGAGCCCAGGUAAAAUCAACUGUCACUGAUCCCGGCCAAAGUCACAUGUCUGCGGUUGCCAUGCCCACUACUGUUGCAGGCCGAGUAGUCCAACAGUAUCCCAUCAAACUCACUAUUAAGUGUUAUGUUUGUUUUAGGUGAACCUGGAGAUGCUACUUAGGAAGGUUGAAUCCCAUAUACAGAUCCGACUAUGGAGAUCUAACAAAACAUGUUACCAUUGAAAUUGAAUGAAAAUAUGGAAAGAUGGGUACAACUAGUCAACCAA